GUCAGAGGCAAAUGUACGACAGUGUGCAGAUGGACACUGAAGUAGACUUAAAGGCUUACUGGACAAGCAAUACAGUACAAAUGAUCAAAUUUCCCUCAGAAAUCUCCAAUCUGAUGUUACAGAGAGGAAAUUGGACUUCACUAAGGGGACUCUAACAUCACAAAAGGCAAAAAUGAUUUCAUCUAUUGUCAUUUCCCAGCUGAUUGAUGAAAGGAAAUCAAAGGAAAAUGGGGCCAUGUUGCCUUUGUCACGAGCUCAGCCUACACCGAGUCCCCUGAAGCCAGCUUCAGCCAGGCGCAGCGGAGUCAACAUCCCUGGGUCACUUGCCUUAUCUCCGGACAGAUUGGGAAUUCUGACUCUAUCAGAUGAGCAAGGGCUGGAGACAGAACCAUUGUCCACACGGGACAACCUAUAUGGAGGCCCUUACAAAGGGUUCUCAUCCAUCACCAUCACUGCCCGUCGGGUGGGCCCUCCAGCCAGCACCUUGGUGUGGGACACUGUUAGGGACCCACUGUGUCCCAAGUGCAGGACCAGGGAUACUCUGCGCCAGGGCCCCCCAGCCUUGGCUGGUGUUGCUCAUCCAUGUCAGGACAGUGGACAUUUUGCCUGUUCAGAAUUCCCCGGCAAUAGCUCGAGGGUGACACUGACGUUUCCCCAGGCCCACAGAAGACUGGGUGCAGGACAGGAGUACUGGGUCACACACAUGGAUGACAAAGAGGACAGUUUUUCUCCACAUACGCCACCAUCAGGAAAGAGCUCACUGGUAUUCAGUUCCUGUGUUCACUUCCAAGUGUCUCAGCAAUGUCCCAAUGCCAUCUAUUACCUGGACAGAUCUCUUUCUGUUCCCCUUGAACAACCUCAAAUUGCCAGCCCCAAGAUGCACAGAUCCGUCCUGUCCCUCAACCUCCGUUGUAGUUCCCAUAGGUUAACAGCAGAUGGAGUAGACAGCAUAGCUAAAGAGCCAAUAAACAGAGCCCUGAAGCCGGAGCUCUUGAAGGGAAAGCAGGACCUCCGAAGCCCACACUGGAACCCAGUGUCACGGGAAAGUCCCUGGGAGGAAAGCCCAGCGUUGGAGCCAGUGCAUUUGGGGAGUGGCACGUGUCCUUGGACUGACUCUCCCUCUUUGGAAAAUGUCAAACUUGUAGAUGUGGGAAGUAACCAGGUCACAGCGAGAAAGGAGAAAGAGGACCAUGCAGCAUGUCCCACCAGCUGUCCCACCAACCAACUGUCCAUUCAUAUUCCUGGCUGGAGUUACAGGGCAGAUUACACAUGCUGUGACUUGGUUGUAAAACUAAAGGAAUGCGAAAAAAGUGAGGACCCCGACAUCACAUCUGAGCCCUCGCCAGUACCUCCCUCUCCAACAACCUCUGAGGAACCCCAGAGCUCUGACCUGUUGGAAGAUGGCUCCAAGCCUCAGCAUCCACUGGCAAGUUCCAUGACCUUACAGGAAGCCCUGGAGGUCCAUAAACCUCAGUUCAUUUCUCGCUCACAAGAACGGCUGAAAAAGCUCAAGCACAUGGUACAGCAAAGGAAAGCCCAGCAGAAGGAGGGCCUUGGGCAGAAGCAGAGUCUCCUUCCAGUCCGCGCCAACAGAAAGCAGUUCACAGUUCCCCAUCCUCUCAGCGAUAACUUGUUCAAACCCAAAGAAAGAUGCAUUUCAGAGAAGGAGAUGCAUAUGCGAUCUAAAAGAAUCUAUAAUAACUUGCCAGAAGUUAAAAAGAAAAAAGAAGAACAAAAGAAAAGAGUGAUCUUACAGAGCAACAGACUUCGCGCUGAAGUCUUCAAAAAGCAAUUACUGGACCAGCUCCUUCAAAGGAAUGCAGUCUGACCCAGGAGGCCCUGCUGACCAUGACCUGGACGUGGGAAGACUUCAAAGCAGGAUAAAUCAUUAAAUUUAGCAGUAUCGUCACACGUGAUAAUGUUCACUUUACUUUUGAUUUUUUUUUUCCACAAAGGAAAGAUCAGUUCCUGAAUGACCCAGACAGACACCAGCUAUAUUGCUGAAGCGACAGGUCGACCAGCAGUCUACCGCUGGGGAACCAACCCCACGUAACCUAGUAGACUUUAGUCCCUUUCCCCUUUUGGCUGCUGGAUUUUACGUUUUUGAUGUUUUCACUCUACUCUGUCAACCCAAGCAGAAAAGCCAUAUUCACUCAAGUAUGCUUAGGUCAGGAAGGGGUGUUUUUUCUUCAAACUUUUGGGAAGCCAAAAUCUAUCAUGUUUUGACUCCCAGUACUAAUGGCUGUUCUGCAAACUUGAAAAUGUGGGUCAUAGUCUGUUUCACAGACGCAUCUUAUAAUACUAGAGGCAGACUUUGAAAUGGGCAAGCAAAAUACCACGGAACACCACACAAGUGGUGGUGGUGGGGUCUCCGCAGCUCUGCAGUCCUCCCCCGCCCCACCCUGCCUUUGCUUGGCCAAAGUGUCUAUUUCAGGGGGAGCUAUGAGGACAGAGGGCCGUGUCUUCAGCACCCCCCCCCACCCAGUUACCUUGAUCAAAUGGCCUAAGGGUUUCCUCUCAUUGUUCUUUGAAGCAUUAUUUAUAAAUGUGUAUUUGGGAAGUUAAGAGCAAGCUAG